UAUAUAGCGGGCUGAGGCAGGUGUGCGCGCCGCUGCGGUCGGAGGGUUACCUCGCAGGAGCGGGAGGGCCGGCUGUCGAGCGACGGGUGUGGAAGCCGCUGAGUUAGCGGCCUGCUUACUGGAUGCGGGAGGCGGCGUUGGCAGUGUUUUAGGCUCGGAGUGGGACGAGCCUGGCUCCCCAGGCCAUGUGGCCGGCGGUCUAGCAGGGGUGGAGGUGGAGAUGGCAGCGAACUGGCACGACGUACUGGCCGACAAGGCCGAGCUCCUGCUGGGGCGGCUGGAGGAAGGAGUAUGGGCCGGCUUGGGCCUUCUCCGCACCGGCCUGGGCAUCGAUUUGGGCCUGGAGCCGUGGCUCAGACGCCAGUCCCCCGGCUCAGCCGGCUGGCUGUUGCUACUGGCGGCGGCGGCGGGCGGCCUGUUGCUGCUGCUCGCCGGGCUGUGGACGGCCGCCUGUCGCCUUGGUCGAUGUCUGGGCUUUGGCAAGCGGUCCAGCAGCGGAACCCCACUCGCGGGCGCAGGCGGUCGGAGGAGUGGCAGCGGCGCCAGGAACAGGGAUAGGACGCCGGCAGAGGUGCAACUGCAGCGAGCCGAGGAGCAGAGGAAGAGGAGCCGCAAGAAGGAGAAGCCAAAGAAAUCUCAGCCUAAUGGACGUGCAGGAGCUGAGCCAUUAGAGGAGGAAAUUAAUGAAUCAUUUGAAAAGAUUAUUGUGAAACAACUGGAUGUAGAAAAGAAAACUGAAAAGGCAAAGAAAAACAAGAAGAAACCAAAGUCAGAGGUGAAGUUGCUGCAGGAUGAGCUCCAAAAUCGGGCAGAAUGUAGAGAAACUGAUGAAGGUGCAUGGGAAACCAAAAUCAGUAGCCGGGAAAAGCGACAACAACGCAGACGCGAUAAAGGAAUAAGUGAUCCUCCUUCGUCCAUGGAUUCCAGUCUUCCAGCAGGUGGUUCUGAAGGAUCUUCUGCUCAGCAGCACCCACAAGCCUCAUCCGGGCUUGGGCCACGGAAGGCCAAAGCAGUUGAAGCAUCAGUUGCCCCUGGGUGGGGUGAACAGCAAGCAGUGAAUGGAGGAGGUUGGUGUGAUAUUCCUGCGAAACUGCCUGCUCAGAUUAAUGCAACCAAGGAAGACAAAUGGCAGCAAAUUCCUGUCCUGCCCAAUGCAAAACGAAGCCCAGAUCAGCCUGCUUGGGGUCAGGAGCGUGGUGAUACCAGUGCAGGGGCUAAAGAAUGGACUGUGCCAUUAGUCGAUGAGACUUGGAGUGAGCAUGCUCUUUUCCCCAGCAUUGGUGCUUGGACAGGAGUCAACGAAAGAAUGAAUUCUUCAGAACCAAAACCAUCUUUCUCUCAUGGGGCUAAAGCCUCAGUGGCCAGUAACACCAGUGAACCAUCUCCCCAGCCAAGCACUACUGACCAUCAGUGGGAUGCUAACCCAACUCCCAGUUCCAUUGACGAUGCCUGGUCUGGGAUAAAUGGAAUUUCGACAGCUGAUCCAAGCUCAGACUGGAACGCCCCAACAGAAGAAUGGGGUAAUUGGACAGCAGAAGAACCUGCUCCAGCCGUGCAGCCCGAGGAGACUGUUACAGAAGCUCAGAAGGUGUCAGAUGAAGAUAAAGAAAAAACAGAUGCUGGUUUGCAAGGUUCUGCAAGCAGCAAAUCCAAGAAGAAGAAGAAGAAAAAGAAAAAGGGUGAAGAUACUGCUGCUGCCACACAAGAGGUCGAGGAUCAGGAGAAGGAACCCAUUUGUGGAGACCAGGAGCAGCUCGUUGUGAAGGCCCAGCCUGAAGAAGAGAGUUCUUCACCCGUUGAAACCAUAUGCACUAGUGAACUAGCUGAGGAUGAAGAGGCACUGCCGGUCAUAAUCAGCCAAGAACCAGCUAUCAUUUUGAAAAGUUCUUCCCAGGAUAUCACUUCCCAAGUGCCAGACAUACUAUCUGAGUCGGAACCUUCCGCUUCUGUUACUAAACAGAAUAGCCAGCCUUCUUCACAAGCAAAAUCUGAAGGAAGUUGGGAAUCACCGAAGCAGAUAAAGAAGAAGAAGAGGGCAAGAAGGGAAACAUGAGCUUUUUAUUUUGUAUUCAGUGGUCAGUUGUUAUGCAAAAUGAUCUUGAAGAAAUCUGUUUAUGCAAUAAUUUGUGAAAAUGUACAGAAUUUUAUAGAAAAUUUGACUGUAAUUUUUAUUAAAAAAGGCUGUUGCAAAGCGCAUGAGCAACUUGAUUUGAUACAAUGUGAGAAACUUCAAGUGAAACACUGAUGCUGUCUACAGCCACUAAUGCUGGGUCUAUGUUUGACACUAGAAAAUGUGUGAUUUUUAAAGCAUUUCGGAAGUAAGUGCAGAACCAAAUCACAUGUGACCAUUAGCUCCACACAAGAAACCUUCAGUGCGAGCCUGACUUUAAAGUUGAGUCCAGGCUGUACAAGGACUAGUUUCUAGAAUAACACUGCAUUUUCUGUUUCUCUACCCACCUCCCAAAUGUGGGUUUAAUUUCAAAAGAAUGGAAACCACUGUUGACUUUGGGAGGGACUAUGAGCCGCAGCAAAAAUAUCGCUUUAACAAAAUGCAGUUAAACGUAGAUUGCAUGGUGUUCAAUCUGUACUGGGUUGAGUGACAAGCAGGAAGGAAAAGGGAAGUAAAUAUUUAGAUAGCUUUAAUAUUUGUGGACAGAAUUUCAAUUUAUAUCAGGAGUGACAUUUUACUGCCUUAACCUGUAGUUUAGAAAGAAAAAUGUUAAAGGAAAAUUGCAAUUAAAGGUUGAUUCAAAACAGUGGGGAGGGUGGAUAUGGGAUAAAAUUUACCAGAUGCAUGUGACGUUUUGUGCCAAUUAACUCCUGAAAAGGCACGACAAAAUAUCCAUAGACACAUUUCUCCAUAAAAUAAUCUUGUGAUGGCAUCCCACCAAUGAUUAAAGUGGGUCUGCACAACCUGGAUUUUGGAUUAAUACUGCACUUAGCAUCCCCCACCCGAGAUGCAUGCAUGUCAACACCUCUCAGUAGUCACCAGGUUUUGUCAAACUGCACAGUCUAACUGAGUACUGAUCACUGACAGCAGAGCGACUGGUGUUGGUCACAGGUCUCAUUGCCAGUGCUUCCACACACCUUGGCAGGCCAGAAAGAAGGGAUGGGUGCACAGGAUAAAAUUAAAUUGCAUGUGGACAAAUGGAAUUACUUGAAAUGCAAGGUUUGAAAAUAGAGUUGAAGCACAAAUACUAAAGAAAACCACCAAUUAUUAAAUUUGUAGUCUGGUCAGAAUCUAAACCAUAACCACACAGAUAAAUCUCCAGUCUACUUUGCAGUGCUGGCAAGUAUUGUUAGAAGUAACUAGUGCAUGCAAAGCCACAUGCAUUCUUUAAUAACUUUACCAGCCAUACAUUCUCUUGAUAAAGGACCAUUGUAUGUUCCAUCACCUCCUUGAGUUAACCUGAUCAUACCAAGCCAUGAUUUUUUUUUUAAAUGGAUGUGAAAUGUUUAAACUACACAGUGGAAGUAAAUGGGGCCGAAGUUUAAUGAGCUGAUACUAAUGGUACUUUGUCCACUAAUCUGUGUCAAACCUGUAAAUGAGUUUGACCCAGGACAGCAAAGAUUUUGCAAAGUUUAAAUAAUGGUCAUUAUGCUCCCGAUAACCUGCCUUAAUUGGUUAUGACGUGGUAUUUGUUGUGCUUUUGUAAUUACCUUGAUUACUAAAGUUAAACAAAUGUAUUUAUACCUGUUUCAAAAACAUAGCAAGUAUGUUUACAUGUUCUAAAGUUUGUUAAAAUGCAAUGAAUUUCUAAGUUGAUUUGUUGAAAUAAAUUU